ACGGUACGAAGUACGAUUCGGUACAGCGAAAAGUAAAUCCAACAUUUUGUCACUUCCUGUUUCCGGUUUUACCCACGAGCGGCGGAAUAAUACAUUUAACAGAAGAAAAAUAUGCUAAUAGUGUUGAAGUAUAGUAUAUAACAGAAAAUGGAUGAGUUAACUGAAAGUCUAGCUACAAGUUUCUCAGUGAGUUCAGACCCCAACAGUACAGCUGCCCCACAUCCGAGGUUUGCCGAGUACAAAAGGAAAACAAGCAAUGCAGAUCAAGACUCAAGAAGACAAGCCAUCCUUGAACAGCAGAGAAAUCGAAGAUUUGACUAUGCAAACCAUGCACGACGAUUGGUUGAAGAUGUUUGGGAUGAUGCAGAUGACCUUGAUGACAAUGAAGGGGAAGAAACUAUGGAUGACACACAAGCUCCUGUCAAAAAGUCGUACAAACCGGGCAGAUACUACCGUAAUCAGCUGAUGUUAUCAGAAUGGAUGGUUGAGGUUCCUGAUGACUUUGAAGAGGAAUGGUUGAUGGUGAUGUGUCCAUGGGGAAAGAGAUGCCUGAUUGUCUCUGCCAAGGGUGCAACUACAGCUUAUGGUAGAAAUGGAUACAGAGUGAACUCAUUUCCGUCACAUCUACCUGGUGGAAACAGGCACCAGAAAGGAAGAUACAAAGAUAAUGCUAUAUUAGAUUGUAUCUACCAUGAAGUGGAGAAAACGUUUUAUGUGCUUGACAUUAUGAACUGGAAGGAUCAUCCUGUGUAUGAUAGUGACACUGACUUCCGUUUUUUCUGGAUGAUGAGCAAGUUGCAGGAAUUCCCAGAAGCGGGAGAAGUGAGCAAGUUAAAUCCGUACAAGUUUGUACCACUGCAGUAUCAUAGCUGCAAAAAAGAGAAUCUGCAGCAGAUAUAUAGUUCAGCAACACAACAGUUUGAUGGUUGUCUGUUCUAUCACAAGAAAGCUCACUACACUUUUGGCGCCUCCCCACUUGUUGUCUGGUUGAAACCUUACAUGAUAGGAGAAAUGCUAGACAUAGAAAUUCCAGAAAGUAUGCUCCAACAGAAGCCGGCAAAUUAUUCUACAUACGCAGCUCACAUGGAGCAAGUAAAGGAACAAAAGGCACGUUAUGCCAAAGAGCGUGAGGAACGGAAAGCUUACAAGAAGAAAAAUCGUGGCCCAGAUAGGUCAAGACAGUUUAAAAUGGAUCUGAUGGAAUCUAAAUGGUUCAAGGGGAUACCAGACAACUUUGAUACAGACUGGUGUACAGUAGCUUGUCCUGUAGGACAGAGAUGUCUUGUUAUGGCCAUAGAUGGGGAGACUAAAUGGUUCAGCAAGAAAGGCUUCAGGCUUCCUGGCUACUUCCUGUCUGUUCUGCCAGGGGGUAAUGGAACAGAGUAUGGAUUUGGGCCUUCAGUUGUGACGUUACUAGACUGUGUCUACCAUGAGGAAAUGAUGACAUACUUUGUUCUGGACUGUAUCAUGUGGGCAUCAAAUGACGUUAAAGAGUACCCGUAUUCAGACAGAAUGAAGUUCGUAAAGAGAGAAAUUAUGAAGAGACCAGAGUUCAAAAAUAUCACAGAUCUUAAUAUGUUCAAGUUUGUGCCAUUAUAUCAGUAUGACUGUACGAUGGACGGCCUUGAUCUUUGCCUUAGACAGUCUACAUUUGAGGUUGAUGGUAUAUUGUUCUACAAAAAGGACGUGAAGUAUAAGUCAAAUGAAACGGAUGAAGUACUCUGGAUAAAGCCAUAUAUUUUACCAGAUGUGUUUGAGGGCAUCGCAGUGCCAAGCAAACUUAUGUCCCAAAAACCUGAUACAUACACUGAUUUUAAUUCAUUUAUUGAUGAUGUUGAACAUGGUAGAAUUAAAAGUAAAAAGAACAAAAAGAAGAAAUCAAAGGGAUUUAAUCCAAGUGUAAAACUAAAUUUACCUCCACCAGAAGAGCCAGUUAACAAGGGAGGUAACAAAAAGAAAAAGAAGCAGGGACAGCCCCAGGGAAGCAAUAUGGGGAGAGGUUAUGGGCGAGGAAUGAUUACUGGACAAGAUGGACCUUAUUCUGGCCGGGGAGUAAGAGGCAGGGGAGGUAAACAAGAAGACAGUUAUGGACGGUUACUGGCAGGAGGUGAUAGGGGUCAAGCUAUUUAUGGUAAAGGUGCUUUAUCCGGGUAUAGUUACUAUGGUGAUGAAAGGGACUAUUACUAUCCUGAUGCUGGCUAUGGAUCGGAUGUAAGAGGUAGGAGGGAACGUGGAAAGCAACGAGAUCCAUAUGGUAUGGCAGACAUGGAGUCGGCAUUGUCAUACUACAAUUAUGAUGGUGGGCGGAAUUCAAACCGAGGUCGGCAUUACCAGUUGUUUUAAAAAUUGUCAGUAUUAGGAAAAUAAACUAGGGUCGAUGUGUUCUUAGUUUAGCCUAAGAAGGUGAUGAUAUUAGAGGUUAAUGUUAAGGUCUGUGAAAAGUGUUCAGUUUUCAGUCAGCUGUCUGUUAACAGUGUUGUGUUUUAUACUUUUCUAUGGAUAACUGAUAAGAAAUUUAAUUCAUAUUUGAAGACUGCAUAUGUAAGUAUCCUCUUUGAUGUGGUAAAGGAUAUUUAACCUAUGUUUUUUUCUGUUUUAGUAGUCUUACUUCAACUUCAAGACUGUGCAAAUGUGAAUUUUAAAUCAUUCCUCCUGUCCCUGAUAAUGAAGCAGUCAAUAUAUAGCCCAAAAAUAUUGUACAAUUGUUGACUGGUAAUUUCUUGUAUAUUUUUGUGAUUUAAAAGUUUGUUACCUUAUCCAUACUGUUCAAAAUUGUGUCUCCCAGCAAUGUAUUAUACUGAUACGAUGAAAUUUAUAUGUCACAGAUAUACACAUAUUCAUUGUUGA